CCGUCUUCUUUUUUAACAAAACACUGGUCGCAGACCUGGGCACCGCACCGCGGCUUUAGGAAGCGAAAGGGACCGGAAGGAAACGUUUUGUCCUCACACAAACAAACAAACACAAACAAACUAAAACAAAACGGCCGUGGCGAAAGAAACGCAGGGAGUAAGGCUCAGAAAGGAUGUUUCGAAGUUGUGACUUGUUCGCUUUAGGUUGCCUCUUUCUUAUGGUUGAAUCCCACGCAGGUCAAAUCUUACCACCACGAAAUUUGUCCCUACAGUGGGGUAAUGAUUUUUAUCCAGAGUUGACCUGGGUACCACCACAGCAUUCAGAUCUGACAAAUUGCACAUAUGAAGUGAGAUCAAAAUACAGCGCGCAAGACGAGCUACUUGAUAUUUUUCAUCCCUCACAUUCCUGGACAAAGUACAUUGUGAUGGAGGGAGGAUCUCUGAAUUUGUCUGUUGAAACUGUCUGUAAUGACAAGAAAAGUGACCCAGUGACCCUCAACGUCUCUUACCCAGUGAUGGUGAAGAAUUUGCAGUGCUACAUCCACUCCUCUAAAGACGCAUACUGCUUCUGGGAACCGGCCAAUAAUCCUUCAGUUUUCGGUUUUUUUUAUCGAUUACUAGAAGAGAAUUUUAGCAAAUCUGAUAACGACAAAUCCCCCCUGCCCCGACUGCAAGAGUGCUCAUCAUACAAUUACACUGAUGGCGUGAGGACCGGUUGUCAUCUGCAGGCGAGCAUCCAACACAGCAUUGACAUCUUGUUCAAUGGAACAGUGAACAACACAUUUUUCAGGAACACCUUCAAGAAAUAUCUUUUUAACGAUGUGAGACCACCUCCCCUUAAGUGGACAGUCAAAAAGAAUGGGAAUAAAUUCGAAAUCAGCUGGACUCCUCUUGACAUUGGCGUGGAUGAUGUGAAGUACAUAAUUAAUUACACCGAGUGUACCACAGUAAAGACUCAAGAAAUACUAGGACGCACAUCAACUGAGCUGGAUGUGCUCCCUGAGUGUCCGUACCGCAUGGCUAUUAAAGCUGAAAAUUCACGUCUACACAUCAGUACCCCAUGGAGUGACGAGAAACACUUUGAUGCAGAUAAAGAUCCUAAUGCUUUGGUAUAUGCUGCCGUUGUCAUCCCAUUGAUGUUUGCUGGCCUGGCAGCCCUGAUUUUUCUGUGUUACAGGAAGAAUAAGGAGCAAAUCUUCCCCAAAGUACCACAACCUCGGGACUUCCUCAGCGAUAUUUGUGACAACAAUAACAAGAGCACUGUUUGCAAUCUGUACGUCCCCAGAAAGGAAGAAGAGAACUGUAAAAUCACCCUGGUGAUGAAAUCAACAGACUAGACUGCUGACACACCGCUGCAGUGGUAACAACUCGUAUCUGGAGCAGAUGAAAGUCUCCCAAAUAAAUUUUUUUUAAAAAAGGAGACUUUUGCUGUUUAACUGAUGGCGGCUAAACAGUGGCAGCUACUUCUUUCCCUGUUCACAAACUGAUGAAGCUGAAAUCCAACUUCACAAGGUGAACUCUCUGUUAUUUAGAAAGGCAAUGCAAAAGUAAGUUGCACUAAAUGACAUGGAACUGAAGGUCCAUAUCAGAACACAACAAAUAUGCCUCUGCAUUAAGUUCAAUUCGCAGUAAUGUUCAGUGCUCUAGAAACAUUUUAUCAUUACCAUGUUAUGUGCACACACACACACACCAGCAGCUCCUUUUGGAAAAGUAAUCAUUUAGUUCCAGUAUAUUUUUGCACAGUGAUUCUGCCAUUACCAUGUUUUCUCUCCUUAACUGAAUGUAAUUAUUGCUCUACUUUGCUUCAGUAUUUCAGUCAUAUUGAAUCAAGCAAGUGGUGAUCUAUACACCCAUGCCUCCUGAGAAGUUCUGCAGCAAUACAUUUUCAGACAAAUACAUAUUUUUUCUUUUUUUUUUAUCAGUUCAUUGUUUUAGCAUCUACCAAGCAUUAAAUACAUGACUGCUAAGCCUUUUCAGGUCCUAGCUUGUGCAGGAGUGUGAGGAUUUCCUGCUUUUCUUUGUUUUAUUUAAUUGUAAAUGAAAUAUGUUUGGACUAUUGGUCAGACAAAGCAAGCAAUUUGGAAACAUCAUCUUUUACAUAUAUAAAAAAAAAAAGAAAAAACAACUAUUUGCUGUCUUUGUCAGCAUCUGCCAUCCAUGGUCCCAAUGAUGUCACUAU